UCCUAUAAAACCCACCAAAGAUUGAGUUAUAUGUACUCAACCUUCAACCCUCAUUCCCCUCAUCUCUCUCUCUCUCUCUCAAGCUGCUCUUCUGUCUUCCCAAAUUUCCAGCAGAAAAACACCAUGGCUGAGGUGCUAAAUGAAGAUCAAAUUGUAGAGUUCCAGGAAGCCUUCAAUCUCUUCGACAAAGACGGCGAUGGUUGCAUCACUGUAGAAGAACUGGCGACGGUGAUCAGAUCAUUGGACCAAAACCCAUCAGAGGAAGAACUGCAGGACAUGAUCAACGAAGUGGAUGCAGAUGGCAAUGGAACCAUUGAGUUCACCGAGUUCUUGAACCUCAUGGCCAAGAAAAUGAAGGAAACAGAUGCAGAGGAGGAGCUUAAAGAAGCUUUCAAGGUGUUUGAUAAGGACCAAAAUGGCUACAUCUCUGCCAGUGAGCUGAGGCAUGUGAUGAUAAAUUUGGGGGAGAAGCUUACAGACGAAGAGGUUGAACAGAUGAUAAGAGAGGCAGAUUUGGAUGGAGAUGGUCAAGUCAACUAUGAAGAAUUUGUGAAGAUGAUGAUGAACAUUGGGUAGAGUUUUAACCUUGAUGAUGAACAUUGUGAAGAAGAUGAUGAACACAGUUAAAAUUAGUGUUUCUUUGCUACUAGCUAGUUACUGUCAUUAAUUAUUUGUUAAAAUUCAUCAUGUUAAUUUUCUCACUGUAAUGAAAGAAGAAAGAUUAAUAGGAUAAUUCGAUCAUUACAUUGUAUUUUUCUGAUGUGAUGUAAUGCUCAUCAAUGUAAUUCUUUUAUUCUAGUAGAAAU